AUGAGCGCAUUGGCCAGCUCCCUUUCAGUGAAUCUGAGCCAGGUUCUGCAGAAGAAUGUGCAUCUGCUCGACCUUCAGUACGACCAUUACUGCAAAUACGUGGCAGCUGGGUGUCGAUCGCAGAAUGGCUCUGAGGUGGUGAUUUUGGAGAAGGAUGUGUCUGCCGAUGACUCCGGCAGCUUCCGCGUGGUGAGCAGCGUGAGCACUCGUUGCGAUCCUGUGUUGUUGUGCUGGGCUCCUCCCCAAUUUGGGAGGGUGCUGUUGGUGGCAUUGAGCGACAACUCCAUUUCGUUCUACCAGCAUGCGCCGUCAGCGGGAGUGUGGCAGCUGUCGUUGUACCAGGAGAAGCGCGAUGUGCAGAAGUCGAUAAGUUGUAUGAGUGUGGGCGUGUCACCGAAGGGCGAGCUGCUGUGCGCCGUUGGUUCGCCCGGCGGCAGCAUCGGCGUGAUCUUUUGUGAGGGAUCGUUUGAGUGCGUUGAGUUCCAGGCCCACUGCGGCGGUGUGAGCAGCGUUUGCUUCGCCGGUAACGACAGUGUGUUGUCUGGUGGCAGUGCUGGGCGUUCGUGUCAGCUUGCCAGCGGUGGCAGCGACGGCUGCGUGAAGGUUUGGCAACUGGUCGAUCGCAAGUUCCAGCUGCUGAAGACGUUGCCUCUGGAGUGCGAGUCCAAGAGCCUUACUCAGGUGAAGUGCCUGUGCUGGAACAAGAGCGGCGACCGCUUGGCGGUUGGCACUGGUGGCAAUUUGUUGUUGUUCGGCGGUGGGCCCGAGUGGUCUGAGUGCCAGCGCGUUGGCCUUCCUCGCGCGUCCGCGAAUGUCUCCGCGUCAUUCAGCAACGAGCGCCUGGUGGUCUCGUGCGACAACGAGUGCUUCGUGUACCGCGCCGACGACCGUGGCGCGUACGAGCUCUCCACCGCGCUCCAGGCUUCCACCGAAUAA